CCGCUGUCGACGUUUCUGUUUCUAUGGUGGCUUGUUUACGUGGGAUACCAAAUAUUUAUCGCUAAAUAUUUGAAGACAGUUACACGGGAGCAGUCAUGGUCCAGGUAUAUAUUAAAUGGUGAUUUUGUGUCAUGUUUAAAAAACCAGUUGCAGUGGUUUGCUAUAUCUGUGGUCGUGAAUUUGGAAGCAAGUCGAUCAGCAUCCACGAGCCCCAAUGUUUAAAGAAAUGGCACGUCCAGAACGACAGUCUUCCUAAAGACCAGAAGCGGAAGCCACCGGUUAAACCUCAGAUCUUUCCCUCUGUUGUUGGAGCAGGCAGUCAGGAUGCACAGAGAUUUAAUGAACUUGCCUGGCAGAGUGCACAGUCGAACUUAGUUCCCUGCAACAACUGUGGUCGAACAUUCAAUCCAGACCGCCUCCCCAUCCAUCUGAAGAGCUGUAAGCCAGAUAAACCAAUGUUUCCAGUGAAGAAAUCAGGAAGUCAAACCGAUCAGGAAAACAAAGAAAGACCGCGCACUGCAACCAUAAGCAAGCCUAAAAUCGUGAAUGUUGGAAGUGGCUCCAAUAUUGAUACAGCUGCUGCUAAAGCGGCUGGUGCAGGCAGCGGUUAUCACCUAGGGAAUCGUCAAAAAACGUUCACCUCACCCAACAAAAACCCACCCGUCGCGAAGCCUCCCGUUAACAGGGGUCCAAAAUUUGUAAUUUGUUACAUAUGCGGCAGACAGUUUGGGACAUCGUCUAUCGGUAUUCAUGAGCCCAAAUGUCUGGAGAAGUGGAAAAUCGAAAAUAACAACCUUCCUCGUGAACAGCGCCGACCGGUGCCGAAGAAACCCGAAGUCUUGAAAACUGGUCAGGUGUAUGAUGUAAAUGCUGCGAACGAGGCAGCGUGGGAGAGUUCUCAGGCCAACCUUGUGCCUUGUCCAAACUGUGCUAGAACAUUCAACUCCGACCGACUGCAAGUCCACAUGAGAGCUUGCAAACCAAAAGAUGGAUCUUCGAUGAACAAAAGGCCGUCUGGGGGAAGUAGCAGCAUGGAGCAAUCGAAACCACAUUAUCCUGCACCACCGCGGCGCCCAAUUACGGUGGUGUGCUACAUCUGUGGACGGGAGUUCGGCUCGAAGUCCAUAUCGAUUCACGAGCCACAGUGCCUGGAGAAGUGGAAGGUUGAAAACGAGAAGCUGCCGAGAGAAAUGAGGAGACCCGUACCCAAGAAACCAGAAGUUUUGGGUCAAGGAGGCUCAACAACAGAGGAGAUGAACGAAGCUGCGUGGAAGGCCGCUCAAUCUCAGCUUAUCCCGUGUCCGAACUGCGCCCGGACGUUCCUCCCUGACCGGCUGGCGGUACACCAACGAACUUGUCGCCCCACAGCAGCCAUCCGUCCGAAAACUGUCACACUCUCCACGAAAAACUCAGCACCAAGAGCUAAUGCGAGUUCGCCAUCAACAUCGAAAACGUAUGUGGUGAGAAAGCCGCGAACAGUCGUGUGUUACAUCUGUGGCAGGGAGUUUGGUACCCAGUCGAUCAGCAUCCAUGAACCCCAGUGCCUCAAGAAGUGGCACAUUGAGAACAACAAACUGGAUCGCAACAUGAGGCGUCCCGAGCCUGUCAAACCAAAGAUCAUCCCAAUAUCUGGUUCUGGUGCAUACUCUAUUGAUGCAAUGAAUGCUGCCGCCUGGGAGAGCGCUCAAGCUCAACUAGUUCCGUGCGACAACUGUGGACGCACGUUCAAUCCAGAUCGACUGGUAGUUCAUCAACGAAGUUGUCGACCAAAAGGCUAGCUGCACAUCACAAUGAGGACCUGUCUUUGUAAGCAUUAAUUUGUAAAAUGUUCAUAUCAUCUGCUUCAGGAAAACUUUUAAUACAGGAGUAAAAGAAUAUAUAAUACCUGAGUGAAAAUAUAUAUAUUAAAAAUUAAUAAGUAUUUAAACAAUUAAAUUAUUUAAUAGCAAUAAUAAAAAAAAGUAAAAUUAAAAAAAAGAUUAAUUAAUGACAUGAAUAUAUUUUGUAAUUAAAAAUUAAUAAACCGGAUAUUUGGUGUUUGUUAUGUCAAGCUGAAUAAUAAGUUUAUUUUUGGUGAUCACUAGAUGUCUUUGACCUGCAAGCAAACUGUGAUAUUUAUUUUGUACACCUUUGAAAUGUUUAUUUGAUCUUUAAUUAAUCACAUAGCCAUUGCAUUUUUAUACAAAAAAUGCCAUAUUGGUUUAUUUGUGGAGACAACAUCACUUUAAUAUAUUUUGAAAAUAUGUGUUAUGAUUUCUAAAUAUUUGUUAGGUUUAUGAUUUGUCAACUCUGAUAAAUAGGGUGAUAUAUUAGUUUUAAUUGCUUUAGGCACAUCCAUUUUAUCCAAAUGUUAGGCAUCAGAAGGUGCCAGCAACUGGUGUUGGGGGUGGGGAAACAAUUAUUAAUUUCACGGCUUCAACAAUCAAAUUUGUUACCUACAGCAGUUCUAAAAGAAAAUUCCACUGGCAACAGCAAUUUUAUAACCAGUAACUUCUGCAACAAAUAAACAUAAUUUAAAAAACUACAUUUAUUCCCUUAAACCAUGACAAUAAUUUUUAUCCAGCAGCAAAAACUACCAUUGGUAAAGAGCCACAUGAUGGCACAUCUAUGGCAAUUCAUAUCGUAGCUAUGGUAAUUGCCAUUGCUAUUUUCUAGCCUUGUAAUUUACCUUUCAACUGGGGCCAACAUAUAUUCUGGCCAUCUAAUAGUUGUGGGGUGGGGUUGUUAAUACAAUCUGCACCCCAACCAUAUUUUUUAAAUUUAUACUUUUGGGAGAGAAGCGGAGGAUAACUAACAAAAGUGCAACUCUUGUGAAAGUGCAGCGGUUCUAUUGUAAAUGGUUAUUUAAUUAAACUGUAUGAAGAUUGCAGCUUUGGGGCUUAUUUUUUUUCACAUUUUUAAAUGACAAUUUUGAACUCAUGUUAUGCUGUAUGUUUAUUAUCAUCGGCUUUUGGCUUUCAAACGAAUAAUCUUGUAAUAUUUGAUUUUUUUCCACACAUUUUUAUGUUUACUUACAUAGAUUAUUUUAUCACCAUAUUAUAUUUAGUAAAUUAAUUUUGGUGAUGGCAUAAAUACUUGAUUUUCAUGUUUGGCACAAUUAUAAUUCUUAUUUGCUUGAAUGCAAUUUCAGUUUUUCCCCCCAUUUUAAUCCCAUUCACUUCAUAAAGAAAACAGCUAUCUUUUUAUGAAUUAACUUGAUAUUUGCUUGUGGGGAUCUAUCUUGGUGUUAGAUUUUAUUUUAUUUCCUUGUUCAGAAUUAUGACAUUAUAUUUAUGUUGAUGUUGCUGAUGUUGUAAUACUUGUCUUGCUUAGUUGUUUAUAUCCAACUACUGUUCAGGCAUGCUGUUCUUGGCAUGAAAAAUAGGUCAUCCAUAAAGUAAGUCAUGUGAAAAAAAUUAGGAAUUUUUUACUUUUUUUUAUCACCCCUCUCCCCUUGUAACAGUAUGACUUAUAUAUGUUCCAUUACUAACUCCACCCCAUACACCUCCAUCCCACAUACCCCCAUCCUCAUAUACAUUGAUCUUCCACACUGAAAAAAAUACAUUGGAUACAAUUUGGAGGUGGAAUUUCAUUUCAGUAAGACCUGUCCUACAUUCAGUGACCAUGAGCGACGCUGAUGUUCAUUAACUAUUUGUUGGGUUUAUUCACUCUCACUGAAUGCAGUUAUGUUGUUUCUAGUUGCAGCUGCCAUAACUAAGUAAAGUGUGUGGCUAGGAAAAUUUAACCACUGCACCCUCCACCCUCCCAACAACUCUGAUGAUAAUACAUCUCCCCCUCCCCUCCUCAUUGGAAGGAAGGAAAGGAAAUGUUUUAUUUAACGAUGCACUCAACACAUUUUAUUUAUGGUUAUAUGGCAUUGGAUCCCCCACCCACCCACUGGAAUGCAAAUAAUACAUUACUGGCCUCUCCAGUUGCUGGCAUCUUCCGACUGCAAUGAAGAUUUCAUGGUCUAAAAUAUAACAGUCAUGAAACAUAGGAUAGUCAUUUUUAGCAAGGGGUCUUUUGCAAGCAUUUUCUAACAGACGAGAUAGCAUGUACCUCUGAUACACCAGUUGUCAAGCAGUGAGAUGUACUGACCAAUUUAUUUUUAAUAAGAACGGAUGUUUUAUUUUUUUAUUACCAUGUCUAAUAAAGUGUGAAGUCAAGUUGAGGCAGAUGUAUUACAGUGAAACUCCUCUAAACCGGACACCCUUGGGAUCAAGUAAAAAGUCCGGUUUAAGAGGUAUCCGGUUAAAACAGGUUCUCUUCUUGAGAGGUUUUACUGUAUAUCUGUUCGUUAACGUGUUGUCUCCAAUACUAAGACAUGUUUUGUGUUAUACACAGAAAUUUACAAGAUAAAGGUCGUGUUAAAUAUGAAUUAACAGUAAAGUUGAAUAAUUGAUGUCACAGUAAACCCGUUCUACAUUAAUUUGUUAUAACUGUAUGUUAAUGUACAUGUUUGUAUGCAAAUUAAAUACAUUGUGAUAAAACAUUGCCAAUUUUCAUUUCAGCUGUGAUAUUUACAAUAUCCUUGUACAUAAUUUUUAUUUAUUCACACAUUUUUUGUUAUGUAUUUCUUUAUUAUUUUAUUUUGUUCUUUUUAUAUUUAAUGUUUUGGGUUUUUUUUUAAUGACAUUGGGCCUGUAGUUUUAGUGUUAAAUCUAAGGUAUUGCUCUUAUUUAUUUCAAAAAUAUAUAUUAAAUAAUUAGUUACAUUAUGGUUCACACUGUAGAUAAUAAGUGAAAAAGGAUGUAUUUCAUAAUAUAGAUGUAAAAUACUGAACAAGCUUGCCUGUCAUACCAUUUUUACGAAAUGAGUGGACAGUUUAGAUACCAACACUGUUCACAAGUUUUAUAAAAAUAGAUAGUAUGACAUGCAAAUUAGUUUAGUAUUCUAUUUAUUUCAAACCAUCUGCAAAUAAGCGGCAAUGCAGAAGUAAGCAGACGUCGAGACCUACUACACGUUAUUUUCUAUGAAUUGGGUCAGCAAGUGAUCUACUCACGUUCACAUCACACCAAUAUUACACUAGUUAGAUAUUGAGUGAUGGUUAUGACGUGAGCGAUAUCUUACACUGGUGUGUAAUAAAUGUGUGUAUUUAGGUGGAAUGCCCAAAGAUCCUGCCUCCUGCCCCAAUUUUUAGGCACUUUGCCUUUGUAUAAAGUUGUUGAGACUUAUUUAUCAAUGCCAAGGAACUAUGUACAUUCCAUUAAUGUUAUGUUCCCCAUGCAUCCACCCCCAAUAAUGAACUCUAGACCUGUCCCUAAUACACACAAAUACUGAUAUGUGUUCUGAGUAGACAGACUACCCUUGCCUCUUAUGCAUUUUUCAGUCACUUGAAGAAAAGAAAAAAGAUUUUUUAUUUUUUUAUUUUUUAUUGAAUAUGCAUCUACUAUUGUUAAAGUUAAUAGAGAAAAAAAUUGUUUUGUUUAACAAUACCAUUAGAGCACAUUGAUUUAUUAAUCAUCUGCUAUUGGAUGUCAAACAUUUGGUAAUUUUCACAUAUAGUUUUAGAGAGGAAACCCACUACAUUUUUCCAUUAGUAGCAAGGAAUCUUUUAUAUGCACCAUCCCACAGACAGGAUAACACAUACCACGACCUUUGAUAUACCAGUCGUGAUGCACUGCCUGAAACAAGAAAUAGCUGAAUGGGCCCAGCGACAGGGAUCGAUGUCAGACCGACCACUGGGCUACUUACCUCUCCCAAAUUAAUAAACAGUUAAAAUGUUGUUUUUUUUUAAAGUGAAUAAAACAAUAUAAUUUAACAGACCCAGCAAUGUUUAGCUAUUUAGCCCAAGUUUACCCACAAGACAUGACUUGUUGUUUGUGUAAAACCAUAUGCACCGGUAAUAUGUUUAUCAUACAGUUAUUCUGGAUUGAACAGAUUAAUAAUUAAUAUUAUACGGUAUGUCAUUAGUUAAAUUAACUGUGUUGUUUUGUAAAUAUGCCUUUAUUAUAAAGUGCAUAGCAGCGAAAAUUUACCACCAGGUUUAUACAUUGAAUAUAUCUGAAAUAAUUUAUUAGGAUUUACAUGAUGCAUUUGUCAGCAUGCAAAUUAUAUACAAUGUACUUAAGAUUACCAGAGUGUGUUUCUGUAUCGUCAAUAUCAUAUAUUAAGAAUAAAAAAUUAUAAUACAUUAUUUUUAUUCUUAAUAUUUGAUAUUGAUAAUACCGAAGCAUAAUACAUCUUUUUUGAAAACUUUAUACUUAAUUAUAAUUCAGCCAUUAUUUGAUAUUAUAGCAUGAAUAUACAACCCGGAGUCAUUGUGAUUGCAAAAGAUGUCAGUGUUUGAAUGUUAUGAUUUUGCAUGUUCUUUCAACAUAAUAAACUUUCAAUAACAUUUCCAUUUUCAAAAUAAUAUAAAAAUUGCUAUCAAGAUGUUUUGACUAUGAAUACAUGCAUUUAUUAGUAGUCUAUGUGUAGUCUAUGUCGGUGAACAUAGUUCCAUGACCUGAUUAAUUUGCAAACUUUUCAAAUGAAAAUUAUUUCAUUCCGGACAUGAACUUGAUAUGAAAUGAAACCUCAAGCUAUAUCCUAAAUUACAUUCCAGAUGAAUAUUUAUUUUAUUUUCACUCAUUAACUUGACAUUACACACAGAGUGCAUUUUCCCCCUCUCACCCCUACACCCUUGGAAUUGUGGAAAUUACUCAAUCAUUGGCGUCAGGUUAAGUAUUCUUAUCAAUUAUUGAUCAUCAUUGAGGGCAAUAUCAUGUUUUAUGGACCGAAGAAAUUGAUUGACUUGAUCCAUAAAACAUGAUAUUGUCCGAAAUGUGGUCAAUAAUUGUUUUAUGACAUAAUGUCAUCCAUAAGACUCAUACAUUCCUGCUUUAUUUAUCAGAAUCGAAAUACGCCAAUGCUUAUAAUUUCCUGCAAUGCGUUAAAACUGAUGGGAUUUAAUGACGUCACGUAAUCCUAUGACGUUGUAUGACAAGCAGAGGAAUGCGGUAAUACACAAUUGAAACAUUAAGAGAACAGGUAUAAUUUCAUUAUGUAAUAAAUAAAAAUAUAUGAUCAGGGUUUUUAUUUGGGGGUUUUUAAACCUCUCUGUCCACAUUUUAUCAAUAGUUGUGAAAUGUUUUCUUAUACAUACUUUUUAUAACGAUGCUUUCAUAAUUAGAAAAAACCACAUGACUUUUGAAUGGUCCAAUUUUCUUGUAUGUUUUUUUUCCUCAUUUUUAUUUGUUUGGUUUUGGUGCACUCAAGUCAUUGCUAUUUAUUGUUGACGAUUGUUAUGAAGUCCACUGUAGUCAAAAUAUUAGAAAACAUGCAAAUUUUAUAUGUAGAAGUGCUUUCAUUAAAAUUGUAUUACACUCCAAGUGAAAUAGAUAGCAUGCAUACAGAUUUUGUUGUUUGUUAAUUGUUCAAAUGGGAUUAAAGCACUUUAUUUUC